AUGAGCCAAGGAUCUCUUUCAGCUGCACGCGCUCCUGCUCGGGAACAUUUUGAGGAGUUCAAGACCACUGAAGUCAACUGUAGAGGUGCAGACAUCCGAGUUUGGGCUGUGGAGAAGAACCCGAAUGCGGUUGUCACCCUGAGGCACCGCUGUGUCGUAGAAGAUUGGACGAACGUGGAGGUGAUCGGAGAAGACAUGCGAUUCUGGGAUGCUCCCCGCAAGGCCGAUCUGAUCAUCUCGGAGCUGUUGGGCUCCUUCGGUGACAACGAGCUUAGCCCUGAGUGCUUAGAUG